CUCUGACCACAGUCUCUCUAUACCACAUCCAAGUCGGAAACCACCAGAAAAAUGGCAGCCGUCAUGAACACACCUAGCCAUGCGCGCUUCGAUGCAUCCUUCGGCGCAGGCGGCCUUCGAGGCCCCUACCUCACUCCCGACCCACCGUCCAUGGUCGACCAGCUGCCCAGCAUCAAAUUCGGCUUCGAUGACUUGCGCGAUCGCAUGGCUCGCUUUACUCAGCGCUUCGAUGACUUCAUCGAGCAGGGUCGCAAGCGCGUACUCGAAGAGCGCAAUCAUUUCCGCAUGAACAUGUCUGAGAUCCAAGAAUCUCAAAGAUCAAGACGCAGAGAGCUCGAGGAUAUUUCCAACAAAUCAAUCGCCCACGAAAACACUCUGGCCAAGGAGGCGCAAGAGCAUGAGGAGAUGCAACAGCAGAUUGAAGAACUCGACAUUCAACGCCAAAACCACGAAGCCCACCGCGACGACCUGCGCUCUCAAAUUUCGUCGUUGCAAAAAGCUAUUCAUACCCGCCGUCAAGCACAACACCAUCAUCAGCGACAACUCGACAACCAAGCACGCCACAACCGACCAGAGCUACAAUUCUGGGAGUCGCACCUAUGCAUGCGUAUUGAAGGCUUGGGCAUUGAUGACAGGAUCAAGUUUGUUUAUACUCACAUUGACGAGAGGGAUUGGGACCGACAAUGCGCAUUUGAGCUCAACAUGGAGACCAAGGACUAUCAAGUUGUAGCAGUCGAGCCUGCGUUGGAUGACGAGGCUGUGGAUGCUGUUGUCGAGCGACUGAACGAGACGAGGGAUCUGGCAUCCUUCCUGAAAGCAAUGCGUGCCUUGUUCGCGGCCUCGAUCAGGCCCUGAUUCUCUUUGUGUCUUUCUUGCUGUUUUGUCACGAUUAAUGAUACCACCGGUUUUGUUCCCACAAUUGAAUUGUCUCUGUUCUUCCAAUUUGUCAAGAAUUUGUCGUACCUUCUUC